GGCGCCCGGGGAGACGGGCCGGGGCUCGCGGAGCGGCCGGCUGGGUCCGGAGCCCGGUGGGCUGUGAGGGGACCGGCGUGAGGCCUGCAGGGCCGGGCCGCGCCGCGCCUGCCCCGGGAGCUGGGGGACGCGGGGUCCCGGAGGAGCGGUGCGAAGUACCCUCCGUGAAAAUGGCAGUGAAUGUGUACUCUACUUCAGUGACCAGCGACAACCUGAGCCGACAUGACAUGCUGGCCUGGAUCAACGAGUCCCUGCAGCUGACCCUCACCAAGAUCGAACAGCUCUGCUCGGGUGCUGCCUACUGCCAGUUUAUGGACAUGCUCUUCCCAGGCUCUGUAGCACUCAAGAAAGUCAAGUUCCAAGCCAAGCUGGAGCACGAAUACAUCCAGAACUUCAAGGUUCUACAGGCAGGCUUCAAGCGGAUGGGGGUUGACAAAAUCAUUCCUGUGGAUAAAUUAGUGAAAGGAAAGUUUCAGGACAACUUUGAAUUUGUUCAGUGGUUCAAGAAGUUCUUUGAUGCAAACUAUGAUGGGAAGGAGUAUGACCCUGUUGCUGCCAGACAAGGGCAGGAGACAGUAGCACCAAACCUUGUGACUCCUGUGAUGAACAAACCCAAGAAACCUCUCAGCUCCAACACUGCAGCCCCCCAGAGGCCCAUGGUGACGCAGAGGACUGCAGCUGCCCCCAAGGCUGGCACCGGCAUGGUCAAGAAGGCGGCAGGGGACGAGGAGUCGGCAGGGCUGAUCGAGCAGAUCAAUGUCUUGAAACUUACUGUUGAAGAUCUGGAGAAGGAGAGAGACUUCUACUUUGGCAAGCUGAGGAACAUUGAGCUGAUCUGCCAGGAGAAUGAAGGGGAGAACGACCCAGUGCUGCAGAGGAUUGUGGAGAUUCUUUAUGCCACAGAUGAAGGCUUUGUGAUACCUGACGAAGUAGCACCACAGGAGGAACAAGAAGAGUAUUAACCAGACCCACAGCAUUACUGUCCCAGCAGAGCAGCAGCAGCAACAACAGCAGCAGAAUUCUUUGCCCCAGAUCAUGUGCUUAACUGUAAAAUACUCCACUUUAUUCUUAGAGGACUCACUGGUUUCUUUUCAUGAGCAAAGCAAGACAAACACACACAGACACACACAAAAAGUACCUCUUCUGAAGUGCACUUUGCAGAAGUUUCACCUUUGACAGUGGGUCUGAGUUUGGAGCUCCUCCUCCCUCUGUAGCAGAGCAGCAGUCCCCCCUGGGUGGUCAGUUUGUAGGGCGCAAGCAAGAGCCUGAAGCUUCUUUGGGCCUCGUUGCAGGAUGGUUUUGCUGGUUGGUAAAAAACCAAACCCCCCAGACUGGUCUGGGGGGGGAAAAGCCUUUGGGUGGGGUUGGUUUGGAGCCUGAGGUUGGGUGGGUGGGAAGUGGAAGAUGCUGACUUGAGAGAGAGAGAGGAAGGUUGUGGAGGGCAAUGUGAACAUUGCAGCACAGAAAGGAUGCUCAAAUGCCUUAAGAGUAUUUAACAUAUGCUUCCAGAUGCCAAAUUGAAGUGAUGUGACAGGGAAGCUCUGUCUGCCUGGGGGCUGGAGGCUGAGCUCCACUGCUGGCUCUGAGGCCUUGCUUUGGCAGCUCCACUUUGCCAGCCAGGGCUCGGAAAGGAGAGGGGAGCAGGGGGGGGAGCAAUGAAAACCAAACCCAACUCCAUCCCUCUGUAAAGCUGCUUACAAAGUGAUUUAGUUCUCCAUGAAAUGGGCCUUCCUGGUGCCUGUCACAAGAUUAGAGGGAGUAUCAACAGCUGAGACACAUAAAUGACCUUCAGGGCUGCUGAAAAGGCCUCUUCUGUGGCGCUGUGGCUCGAGACUUUGCCAAACUUGUACUGUGUUUUCUGUGAGAGGAACAGCAGCAGCACAGGGCAGCCAGGCCCACUGCUGCCCCUGCUCCAGCAGCCCCUCCCUGCCUUCCCCUCCUCUCUUCCCUUCCCCUGCUGCUUUUGAAUGCCUUUUGUGGGUGUUUGGUCUCACUUCUUGCCCCUCUCCCAUCCCAAGAAGCCAGUCCCACUGCUGCCUCUUCAGCAGCCACUCUUUGCCUUCCCUCCUCUUUUUUUCCCCUUCCUCUGUUUCUUUUUUAAUGCCUUUUAAAAACUCUCCCCUCUUUGCCUUCCUUCCUGCUGCUUCUCUUCCCCUUGUCCUGCUUAUUUUUUAAUGCCUUUUGGUUUUGCCUCACUUCUUCCCCAUCCUAAGGAGCCAUUCCCACUGCUGCCUCUUCAGCAGCCACUCUUUGCCUUCCCUCUUCUUCCCCCUCCCUUCUCCUGCUUAUUCUAAUACCUUUUUCCCAGUCUCCCUCCUUUCCUCUCUCCCAUCCCGAGGAAUGCUGAUCAGACCCCAACAGCUGUACCAGGCCUUGUGCUGCCUGCAGCUGCCUGCGAGUGAAAGUGAAGCUGAGCACACGAGGAUGAGCAUUUUUUCCCUUCCUCUCUCUCUUCCUUUCCUUUCCUUUCCCCCAGUCUCCCUUAAACCUUUCUUGCCACUUCAGUAGCCUUCUGGGGUAAGAACAAAGAGCUUGCAAGAUGCUGGCUAACACAGCUAACCUUACUGCAGGAAACACAGUGCUGAGACUAACUGAAAGAGUAAUUUAAGUACUUUAACUCUCCCUUGGGAUUUUGAUUUGUUGGUUUUUGCUCUCAUGCCCUCCCCUCCUCCCUUGCCCUUCUCUCCCCUCCUCUCCUUCCUUCCCCUCCUCUCCCUCCUUCCUUCCCCUCCCCUCCUUCUCCUCUCCCUCCUUCUUUCCCCUCCCCUCCUUCUCCUCUCCCUCCUUCUUUCCCCUCCCCUCCUUCUCCUCUCCCUCCUUCUUUCCCCUCCCCUCCUUCUCCUCUCCCUCCUUCUUUCCCCUCCCCUCCUUCUCCUCUCCCUCCUUCUUUCCCCUCCCCUCCUUCUCCUCUCCCUCCUUCUUUCCCCUCCCCUCCUUCUCCUCUCCCUCCUUCCUCCUCCUCCUCUCCCUCCUCGCCCUCCCCUCAUUCCAGUUGUGUUUGGCAAGAUCCUGCAAGACCUCUGCCUUCCCUCUCCCCCUCCUCACCCCUGAAAUCGGAGCAGUCCUGUUGUGCUUGUUGUGUCCCUUUGUCUCUGGUGGUAGCUUGUCCCGAAUCUCCCUCCCUCGCCCCCUGCCCCGUGUGUAGGGAGAGCAUUUUAUGGUUAACUGUUGUGUAGUGCAUGAAAUCUUCGUGAAAAUUCCCAGGAAAAACCCAAAUCCCAGAGAAUGCCAAAAAAGAAACCCCAACCUCCCCCUCCCCUCCCUCCCCCCCCACCUCCCCCUGCGAGUUCUGUAGCCAUUGUUUCAGACUGCAGUGGUGCUAACUUCUCUGUGGCCUUUGCUGUUUGGUUUGGGGGUUUUGGUUCAGAUCUUUUGUUUUUAAAAGACUUUUGUUGCCCUAAAGGAAAAACAAACAAAAAAAAGGCAAACUCCCUUCCCCCCCCACUCUGUGUUCCUGAGGACCCUCUGCUGUCCCCUCCCCUGCCCCCUGGUCUGACUUGGAUUUUUCUUGACAGGGUUUUUCUAUUUUAAGCAGUUUCUAAAUAAAGUUCUGGAUUUCAAGAGUG